GUGUGAGCCCAAGCAACGAGGGUCAAGGCCUGUACCCGGAAAUGAACUCUGAACCCCUGCCACCAGCGCCUAUCGGCUUCGAGGCUCAUGACACCCCACAAUCCUCGUACUUAGCAGACGACAUCAGUCAGCAGGAACUGAUCUCCACAUCAGACUGCGGAAGUGAGGAGGUGAAGCGGAAGUUUAUCGGUGCUCCGCAUAUUUCGGGCACCCCACAAUCCUCGUACUUAGCAGACGACAUCAGUGAGCAGGAACCUAUCUCCACAUCAGACUACGGAAGUGUGGAGGUGAAGCGGAAGUUUAUCGGCGCUCCGCAUAUUUCGGGCACCCCACAAUCCUCGUACUUAGCAGACGACAUCAGUCAGCAGGAACUCCUCUCCUCAUCAGACUGCGGAAGUGAGGAGGUGAAGCGGAAGUUUAUCGGCGCUCCGCAUAUUUCGGCAGACGACAUCAGUCAGCAGGAACCCAUCUCCACAUCAGACUACGGAAGUGAGGAAGUGAAGCGGAAGUUUGUCGGCGCUCCGCAUAUUUCGGGCACCCCACAAUCCUCGUACUUAGCAGACGACAUCAGUCAGCAGGAACUCCUCUCCACAUCAGACUGCGGAAGUGUGGAGGUGAAGCGGAAGUUUAUCGGCGCUCCGCAUACUUCGGAAGCGGAACCGCCCCGGUCACCUGGUGAUGACGUCAAGCUCAACCUUCCGGAUGAGGCUCCACAAAAGUCCAAAAAAGAGACGGAAGUCCGAGACAACAUCGUGCUCCUGGACAACGGACAAGGGAGGCGAGGAAUGACCGAGGAGGAAGCGUCCCUGUUCAUGGACGACGGCGUGCGGCGCGUGGACUUCGUGCUGGUGUACACAGAGGACAACAACGCCGGCGAGGAGGGCAAGAAGAGCACUCGGCGCGCCAACUUCCAGCAGAGUCUGGAGAAGGAAGGGCUCCAGCUGGAGGUCAGCACACGCGAGUAUGACAAGGACGAGAAGACGUACUAUGUGAAGGUGCAUGCUCCGUGGGAAGUGCUGACACGCUUUGCCGAGAUCAUGAACAUGAAGAUGCCUCUUGUGAAAAACGACAUGAGCGAGAAGUUUGAGACUUGCUGGAGCAAGUGUCCCACACCUUUCGACUACGACGAGGACAUUCUGCCAGAGAUUCCAGACUACUUCACAGCGCCGUUCUCGCGGGCUCGGGAACAGCAGGGGAAAUUCAUCAUUGAGGACAAGGCCACCUUUUUCAGCCCGGCCCAACGCAGCUUGCUGACUCAUCAGAUCUUGGCCCGAGCCAUCUUUGAAGACUUGGGAGAUCCAUCCAAGAACAAAUUUGGCAUCAAAAAGAUGAUCAGCUCAGGAGCAUACAGUGCCGCUUUCCCACUACAUGAGGGAGAGUAUACAAGUGAACACUCCUUGCUGUCUAGAGGCCCGGAGAACCAGAGACAUCUGUUGUACGAGACCUGGGCCAAGCCGGGGGUUUUCUAUAAGUUCCAACCUUUGGAUCACAUCAGAUUGUACUUUGGGGAAAAGAUUGCCAUCUACUUCACCUGGCUGGGCUACUACACGGGUCUGCUCAUCCCGGCUGGACUUGUUGGCCUAGCGAUCUUCAUCUACGGUGUGGCCAGCAUGCCCUACAAUGAGACCAGCAAUGAGAUCUGCGACUCAGACGGUCCUGGAAACUUCACCAUGUGCCCACUGUGUGAUGGCCGAUGUACGUACUGGAGACUCAAACGAUCGUGCGGCUACGCGCGCGUCACGUACAUGUUUGACAACGAGCUCACUGUCGGAUUUGCUGCCUUUAUGGCCCUCUGGGCCGUUGUGUUCCAUGAGAUGUGGAAACGACGUGAGGCAGAGAUCAAGUACGACUGGGACGUGGAGGACUUUGAGGAAGAGGAAACCAUUCGACCCGAGUUUGAGGCUUCAGUGCGCAGACGGAAACUCAACCCCAUCAAUAAAUUGUUUCGGCAAGGCCUAAAGAUCUUGAGGAAAGCUGACCUAUACGAGGUGGAUGAGCCCUACAUCAGCUUCUAUUCUCGCUGUCUGCGCUUCACAUCCAGCCUGUGGGUCGUCCUUUUUAUGCUGUGUGUGGUGGUGGCAGCUGUGUUUGGCGUGAUCGUCUAUCGCAUGACCGUGUCCGCGCUGCUCUACGCCGUCAACCAGGAGACCAUUAAGGAGCGGGCCAGCACCAUCACCGCGGCAACCGCUGCCUGCAUCAACCUCGUCAUCAUCAUCAUCCUUGGCCGGGUGUACCAGGUGUUGGCGGAACUCCUGACAAACUUUGAGACGCACCGGACACUGACCGAGUGGGAGGACAGCUUCACCCUUAAGAUGUUCCUCUUCCAGUUCGUGAAUCACUACGCCUCCCUCUUCUACAUCGCCUUCCUCAAGGGAAAGUUCGUGGGCCGGCCAGGAGAUUAUAACAGAGAAAUCAAUGGAGAGAGACAGGAAGAGUGUGACCCGGCGGGCUGCCUCAUUGAGCUGUGUAUCCAGCUUGGAAUCAUCAUGGUGGGCAAGCAGGCGUUCAACAACUUCAAGGAACUCAUUUUGCCGAAGCUGAUGAACUGGUUCAAGUCUCGCAAGAUGAAGGAGGCGGAGGAGAAGAACCAGGAGAAAGUGACCCGCUGGGAGAAGGACUACACCAUGGCCACUAUGCCCGACCUGGGCCUGUUUGACGAGUACCUGGAGAUGGUGAUCCAGUACGGGUUUGUGACCAUCUUUGUGGCGGCGUUCCCCCUGGCCCCGAUCUGUGCCCUGCUCAACAACAUCAUCGAGAUACGACUGGACGCCUACAAGUUCACCACACAGUGGCGCCGGCCCCUGGCGAUGAGGGCUCAGGACAUAGGCAUCUGGUUUGGCAUCUUGCAAGGCAUCUCCAGGAUUGCUGUGGUUACAAAUGCUCUGAUCAUCGCGUUCACCUCCGAGUUUAUCCCCAAGCUGGUGUAUCGCUACAGCGAGAGCAGCAACGACUCUCUGGAGGGAUACAUCAACUUCAGCUUGUCUGUAUUCAACGUCUCGGACUUCUCAGAUAAGGCCGUGCCGACCGACAAAAAAAUUGCCGAAUUUGGUAUUGUGGAAGAAUGCAGAUACCGAGACUUCAGGUCAAAUGAAGCUCCAUACUCCUACACCUUGACGCAUUGGCAGAUCCUGACAGCUAAACUUGCCUUCAUCUUGGUAUUUGUGGUGUCAGUGACGCUGUUGUCGUGGCUCAUCUCGUACCUGGUGCCGGACGUUCCCCGUGCGGUCAAGCUGCAGGUGCUGAGAGAGAAACAUUUGGCCCGCGAGGCCGUCUUGGAGGCGGAGCAUCUCCGACCGGGCGGUGGGAUAGCGCAGACCGGCCAAGGGCUCCGGGAGCGUAAGGCGGCACCAAGUGGGAGCAACGGGACUAACUUGCCGGACCCAAAUCAACCACUGUACUGAGGUACUCGCUCGGUACUCUUUGAUGAACUCUGAAUUUUGUAACAUGCAGAGACUGUGGGGUUUGAUGAAUUUUUGCUUGGAUUUUUUUUUUGGUUUUUUUUUGUGGAAGGUUUUUGUGAAUAUUUUUGACUAUCAGACGUUGAUUGUCCUUCUAUGGAAACUUUAAUUUGCUCAUAGAUAGAUCUCUGGAAAUAUUUAUAUACAUAAUGUAUUGAACAUUGCUCAUACGAGAAUAAUUUGAUCGUUAUUGGAGCUUUUAGGCUUUAAUCUUAAUCGUUUCUCCUUUUAUCAACGUAGUUGCACCCAGUUUUAUAUUGAGUCAUGGGUGUCCAUUGAAUUAUAUGGGCAUGCCAUUGAUUCGGUGGGUAAGAAUUUGUAAGUUCAGUUGAAAAGGCACCGGUCCAUGCUGCCUGGGACCCAGGUUUGAAUACUGAACCUUCACUUUGAAAGUUUGUAAGGUUUUUCUUGGUGUCGACGGAGUUACCACCUUUCUUAUGGAUUGAAUUAGAGAGAAGUAGCACAGGUUUUUCUGUGAGUACGCACAGAACGUGAGGAAUUGUACCAGUCCUUGGUAUUUUGUUGACUCUGCUAGCGGACCACGUUUCCUCAAAUAAACAACAAAGCAUUCUCUUAGAUUUCCAAGUCCUAGAAGCCUAGCUAAAUGUUGCAUGUUGGGUUGUAAAAAUUUUUUCUUUUCUAAAGUGAUGUUUUUUUGCUAAUUUUUAUACCGCCUUCUAUUGUAUAACUUGACUGUGGAAUUAUAUGAUUUGUGAGAGAGAGUUGAGUUGUGAAAGGUUGAUGAUAAAUAUUUGGAAGAUGUUUUGAAGGGGGCUGUGUGCUGAUGAAAGCCUUUCCUGGACUCAGUUUUGACAAGAUUCUUUAUUGAUCUUCUUUCAGUCGACACUUCUGCUAUCAUGUCAUAAUUUCCAAGUGAAAAAGUGUAGAGAUGUAGGCUAUGCAUGACUCUGAAGUAAGAUGGGGAGGGAGGGGGGGGGGAUUCCAUACUGUACUUUUUCAAUUAGAUUGUGAGAUAAAGUUUCAUAUGGCUAGUUUUAUGUAAAAAGAGGAGACUUCCCCCCGCAACAGUUUGACUCUGGGUCUGACAUUUAUUAACAAACAAAAAGUGAUAUAAAUUCCACGCUACAUUUUUUUCUCCUUUAUCAAAAAUCUUACGUUGCAAGGGGUGAGGAAUUCUCCCACCUUCCCGUAUGGCUAGUUUUUCGAGUAUCCCACUUUUUUUUACAAGAUAUUGCUUUCUGUGGGAUGGCAACAGCGUGCCUGGUGCGUGCCUAAUGUGUAACGUUUGGUUGUUGUGUGUUGUGUGAGUGCCUGUUUGGUAGAUCGGUAUUCUGUCCUGUGUUUAUUUGACUCUCAGAUAAUUUAUUCGUGGCAUAUGUUGUAAUGUCUUGAAGGCAGUCGAUUUGUUUCUCUCUCACAAUCAUUUUACACCCCCAACCCCCAACCUUCUCCUCCCUUCACAUCAUACGUGAUAUGGUGAUGUGGGCCGAAGAGGCAAGGCAGCUUCUCGUACACCUGCUGGGAACUUCAACUUCUUUCCUUUCAAUAUGUGACCUCGUAAUGGUAAAAUGGAUGCUAAGUUUGUGAGUGAAAGUGCUUUGGGUGAACUGGUAAUGUAUGUAACAAGUUAAGAAUGUGUGAACUGUUCCGAUAUACAUAUAAGAUCUACAGUAGUGUUUUCAUCACACCCUCUGUAUAUGUAUUUUUUUCUCUUCCAACUAUGUCGUAAACUCGAGGACUUUUAGACCUUUAGCUAUCCAGCAAACAUUUUUUUCACAUUUUAACUCAUUCACUAGGGCAAGUAAUUUUGUACCCUCCCAGACAUAAUUUUUCUUCCGGCAGGCAGGCACUCAUACAGUACAUUUUGUACACGUGUUUAGUUGUUUUUUCCACUGAUUUACCUAUUUAUGUAGCAAAGUAUAACUUAUAUAUAUAGACCUGUCACAUGAAUGGAAAUUGAAUGGGGAAAUUUUACCAAAUGAAUUUUCAGACCGAAACAUGGAUACUAAUAUUUCAGAAAGUCUGAACUGGAAUGGACUGAAUGUAUAGUCAAGCCAAUGAUACAGCUUUUCUUUGUGAAAAGGAAGAUGGCAAGAGGAUCAGUGGGCUUGUCGUGGUGAAUGAGUUAAUUAAUUCUGACCAAGGUACCUGUACCUUUUUUCACUGACUUGCACUUUGCCAGCUGAUAUAUGACCCUGACCUUGCUCCUCAGAAGCCAGACUAUGUGAACUUUGAACUGUGGUGUUGACACUCAGAAAGGCCGUGAUUAGUUGAGAGGACUGAUAGUGUGUGACCAUAUGACAUAAAACAUGGGACAAAACUUAUGGGGAUUUCAUUUCGAUAGCUUGUAAUUUGAAGUUCUUUCAUAUUGGAACAUAAUGUGUUGAAAUGAAGGGAACAUGUAGAGGGAUUUCAUUUUGUUAGCUUGUGAUUCCUUCAUGGAACAUAAUGUAUUGAAAUGAAAAAUUCUUUGUCAAUAGUAAAUAAUGUUCAUACCGGUAAGAUGGAGGUCCAAUGUACAUUUUUGUACGACAUAAUAUGUGGCUAUAGUGGAGAUGUCUAGUUGACGUAUACUGGUUGUAUGACAUACUUUGUUCAUAAGGUGGAAAAAAUCUACGGCCUGUUUCGACUUGUUCAAGCCUACAGCAUAUUCUCUCACAUUAUUAGAGUCUGGCCAAUAUGGGGAAUGUUUAAUUGAUCAAUCCCAUGUUUUUAUUUACACAUUCAUAUAUCUUUUUUUAUAAAGUCAGGUGAUUGUGUAUGGCUUUUUAUCCCAUUGAAAUUUUUCUCUUACCCGAGGUGACAAUUUUUUGGUGUGUUUUUAAUAAUUUUACAAGAAAGUGACUUUUUUUCCUUUAGUGUUAGUUGACCCUAGACAUGUUUGCAUGCCUACAUUUGUUUAGCUUCUUUCCUCCGCUCCUGUUUGCCACACAAUUUUUGCUCAUGAAUUAUGAACAAUGCUCAUCGACAGAUGUGCCUCGAACUUUUAUUGUCUGCUUGUCAACCUGUGGCUGUAAUGGGUUAAUUGUGCUUUCUCUUGGUGCAAUGCUCUUUUUAAACUGCAUUUUUAACCAACAAUUUGCUUACUAUUUGUCUAUUAUGAUCACCACUAAAUUUUAUUCUACUUUGUUCUGCAGGCCUGGAGAGCAUAACGGCACUAAUUAUGGCUGAUAUCUCUACCGUUCUAUUAAUAACACCCUGUUGAUUCUUUGAGCAGCUUUUAAUCUGUAAAUCCUCACAAAGGUGGCUCUUCAACCAGAACUUCUUUUUGAUCAAUCAACUCUUUUCUGAGUGUAACAUUGAAGGUGUUUCGCUGAAUUUCAAGUUCUGCUAUAAAGCACAAAAUAACGCAACCUCAUAUCUCUGCCCACAGUUUGGGAACCAGUACCCUCAAGGACAUUAAAAUCAUCCACGACUUGUAACUAAUAAUAACACCCUGUUGCCGAGGGAUCUCUCAUGUGUUGAGACACUGUGUGGACUGAAGAAAUUAUAUCAUCAGCCUUUUGUGCUAAGCCGUAAAUUUUAAAAAUCUUUUAAAAUUGCUUAUUUUUAAUCUGUGGUAUCGGUUUCAUGUGCUUAGGAAAUAUUCUGUUGAAGUUCAAACUUGUAAUGAAAAAGCAAGAAAAGUAUGAUUGUUUACAGAAUGCAACUUUUUUUUCUCUGUGAAAAAUGUUCCAUUCUGGGCUUGGUACUUUUGAACAGCUUGCUAACGAUAUAUAGUGCACCUUGAUUAUUCAGGCAGAAGGGCUAUAACUCAAAUGGCCGGUGGAUCGGAAAAGUAAAAUGAAAAGAAAAAGUAUCUUAAUUAAUAUAUAUAUAUAUAAAAAAUCAGUUGCCUAAGAUUAAGGGUGGAGAUACAUUAUGGAGACUUUUUGCACAUAUUUUUGUAAAUCAAGUUUUGUCAAACUCCUGAAUUACCUUGUUCAUUUUGGGCUGGUUUACCACAUGUGACUGCUGGCGGCUGAAUCCAAUUCCUGUUCCCUCUCAGAAGUCGCCAUCCUCCAUUCGUUUUCAGCCAUCAUUCAUAGGUAUAUACUGUGCAUGACAAGACUACUUAUGUAUGCAAAACUAUUUUAGUGCCUUUUUUUGCACAUACUACUUCUUAAUUCGUUCUAUAUCGGGUACCUUACCUCUUUUUCGCUUGUUUUAUGUAUAAAAAUACAUGUAUAUAUCUUAUGUGUUUGCUCCUCAAAUUUCUCCAUCUGGCUGCCUGCCUUUUGUCCAGUAGUAAAUUGUAGUAUGAGUAUUCUUACUGUGGCAGAAAUGAUCACAUUUUAUUCGAUGAAUCAAUAUAUAAGAUUGUAAACCAAACUGGAAUGCCUCAACAAAUUAUGUAGGUUUUUUUUUCAAACUUUGAAUAAAGUAAGAAUAAUAUUCUUUCACAGUGGGAAAUAUUCUCCACUGUUGAACUGGAAGAACGCUACUCACCCUUCUGAAUGCUAAUUUUUUAUUUGGCUUUUUAAAAAAAAUGCCUCACACUUUGCUACCAAAAAAAGGUUUUCUACUUAAUAAGAACUGUGGUUUGUCUAAUAGAAGAAAAAAAAACUACCUUAAUCGUAUGAAAAAAGUAGCCUACACAUAAUUUCCUGUGUCGUGCAGCAAUAUAAAUUAAUUUUUUUUACGGUCCUAACACAUUGGACCAAGCAGUCAGAGAAUAGCCUACUAAUGUGGAUUCUGUUUCUCUUCUUCGUUAACCCUAUCCGUAUGUCGUGUUUUACUAUCGUAUCCAUACAACGUGGGGAACUCUGUGCGUCCACUUUCAAAGAGGAACUUUACUGGUUAAUCCGAUCCGUACGCUUUGCAUAAUAGCAGUAGCAGUCUAUCGAAAUGAUUUUUUUGAAGAAAACUGAAAGUUUCAAAGAGAUCUUCUUACUCGAAGUAUUCUAAAAUGUGAGGAAUACAACCCCGGGGGGUACAAAAUGACCCCUGGGUGUACAAAUAGGGUUAAGAAAAAAAUCACUUUACUUCCGGUACCCAAGUUAUUCUCAUGAAAGUAUUUUAUAGAUUAUUCUUUGCAAAGUAUUAUUAAAACCAAGCUGUUGACUUGUAAUUUUUUAUAUAUAGCUUAUGUAUAGCGCAUAUCUGUGCUCAACAGCAAGCUCUCUGCCAACCUGCUACUGAAAAAUAAGAUAAGAUUUGCUUAAUACUUCUAUUAUUAUAAUUACUAUAUUAGUAUAAAUUUUUCCUAAUGUGUAUUUUCAACAGUCAAAUACAGACUGGUACUUACUUUUUUAUCAGUCUCAACUAAGAAAAAUCAGUCAUAUCAUAUUAUUGUUAUUAGGAAGACCUAUGAUGUUCUGGGACCAAGCUACUUCAGUACUUUUGGUUGUACAUCUUAAUUGUUUUGGCAAAUGACAGAUGGGCCUUUCUGCCAAAUAUACAGUGGCUUAUUUUGAAUUAUUCCAGCAUUUACCGUUCUGAUUCUGCUGUCUUCCUAGAUUUCAAAUCUAAAAUCAAAAGUAGAAGUAGCCUCAAUGUAGUCGUGGCAUGUUUUUUUUUUUCUGGUUUCAAACGUGUGGUGGUUUGUAUCUGAAAUCCUUUUUGUUUAAUCUUGCUUCUCUUCGGUGUGAUAUAAAUUAAUAUGAAUAUAAUGCCGUCUUGUCCAAACUCUUUAAUCUAUUAUUACGACAAAUUACAUGCAACUUUAUGACCACAGACAAAUUGAUCUAGCUCUGUACAUUGAAAUGUUUUCCAUGGACUUUUCUCCUGCUCAAUACCUUGGUGUUGGGCUCUCUGUCUUUACCUGUCCCCGCGGUUUUAUGCAAAAAAAAUUCUGAAAUUAUGCAAACUGAGCCCAAAAAUGUGAAAUGAUGCGAUUCUGUUAAUUUUAACAAAGAAU